GCCUCACUGGCAGCAGCAGCGGUGGUGGCGGUGGCGGCCGCGGCUCCCGGAGCCGGCGAGAAUCCGGCCCCCGCUGUGGGAUCCGGGGCCGGAUGGAAGGCCGGGAUUGGAGAAUUCCGUUGCAAGGCUGUUACCCUUGGUCAGGGAGGUUUUGAAGAAUCUGCGAGUUUCAGGAAAAAUCCCUCCCUGGCGACCUUGAGGUUGAAUGGGCAGGUGAGGACCAGCCCCACCUGGGCCCCCGCGUGCGGAGGAUGGGAACACCGCCCCUGCAAUGUCCCUGGGCCGCCUCCUCCGCCGGGCCUCCUCCAAAGCCUCGGACCUCCUGACCCUCACCCCGGGUGGUGGCGGCGGUGGGCCCCCCUCCGUCCUAGAUGGCGAGAUCAUCUACUCCAAGAACAAUGUCUGCGUGCACCCACCGGAGGGGCUGCAGGGGCUGGGGGAGCACCACCCAGGCUACCUCUGCUUGUACAUGGAGAAGGAUGAGCUGCUGGGGGCCACCCUCAUCCUUGCGUGGGUCCCCAACUCUCGGAUCCAGAGGCAGGAUGAGGAGGCGCUGCGCUACAUCACCCCCGAGAGCUCCCCUGUGCGCAAGGCACCCCGUUCGCGGGGCCGGCGCACCCACAGCUCGGGCGCCCCCCAGCAGGCCUCCCCCACGGAGCCAAGCCCCACCCUGAUCCCCAGAGACGAGGACAUCCUGGGGGUGGCCCAGAGCCUCCGGGACGCUGUGCACGUCAGCCCUUCGCCCGAGGAUGGGGAGAAGCUGACCCGGGGCCUGGGGAUGGACGCCCCGCGGCCGGCCCCUGGCGACCCCGGGACCUUGUCCAGGGCCAGUUCCCAGGACGGCGCAGAGGAGGGGCGGGAGCCGCGGCCCGAGGCGGGCGAGGAGGAGGGCUCCCUGGAGCUGUCAGCCGAGGGCGUGAGCAGGGACAGCUCCUUCGACUCGGACUCGGAUGCCUUCUCCUCCCCCUUCUGCCUGUCGCCCGUCAGCGCCGCCCUGGCCGAGAGCAGCAGCUCCGUGUUCCUGGAGAGCGAGAGCAGCUCCCCCUCCAGCGUGGACGCCCGCCUGCCGUUCCCGGACAGCAGUGGCCUCCCGCAGGCGCCGCACUGGGACGAGCCGCAGCGGUCGGGCGCCCUGGAGCAGAUCUGCGGGGUGUUCCGCGUGGACCUGGGCCACAUGCGCUCCCUGCGCCUUUUCUUCAGUGACGAGGCCUGCACCAGCGGCCAGCUGGUGGUCGCCAGCCGGGAGAGUCAGUACAAGGUCCUCCACUUCCACCGCGGGGGCCUGGACAAGCUGGCGGACGUGUUCCAGCAAUGGAAGUACUGUGCCGAGACCCGCCUCCGAGACCAGCAGGUCGCCGACGAGAAGACGUGUAUGAAGUUCUCCAUCCGACGCCCCAAACUGCCCUCCUCCGAGACGCACCCCGAGGAGAGCAUGUACCGCAGGCUGGACGUCUCCGCCUGGCUGCGGCACCUGAACGAGCUGGGCCAGGUGGAGGAAGAGUACAAGCUGCGCAAGGCCAUUUUCUUCGGCGGCAUUGAUGUGUCAAUCCGGGGGGAGGUCUGGCCCUUCCUGCUGCGGUAUUACAGCCACGAGUCCACGUCGGAGGAGAGGGAGGCGCUGCGGGCGCAGAAGCGGAAGGAAUAUGCCGAGAUCCAGCAGAAAAGGCUCUCCAUGGCCCCCGAGGAGCACAGGGCGUUCUGGCGGAACGUGCAAUUCACCGUGGACAAGGACGUGGUUCGGACGGAUCGCAGCAACCAGUUCUUCCGCGGCGAAGGCAAUCCCAACGUGGAGCGCAUGAGGAGGAUCCUGUUGAACUACGCAGUGUACAACCCGGCCAUCGGCUACUCCCAGGGCAUGUCGGACCUGGUGGCGCCCAUCCUGGCUGAGGUCCUGGAUGAAUCGGACACCUUCUGGUGCUUUGUGGGCUUGAUGCAGAACACGAUCUUCGUCAGCUCUCCUCGGGACGAGGACAUGGAGAAGCAGCUGCUGUACCUGCGGGAGCUGCUGCGGCUGAUGCACCCGCGCUUCUACCAGCACCUGGUCGCGCUGGGCGAGGACGGCCUGCAGAUGCUGUUCUGCCACCGCUGGCUGCUGCUCUGCUUCAAGCGCGAGUUCCCGGAGGCCGAGGCGCUGCGGGUCUGGGAGGCCUGCUGGGCCCACUACCAGACGGACUACUUCCACCUUUUCAUCUGCGUGGCCAUUGUGGCCAUCUACGGGGAUGACGUCAUCGAGCAGCAGCUGGCCACCGACCAGAUGCUCCUGCACUUUGGAAACUUGGCAAUGCACAUGAACGGGGAGCUGGUGCUCAGGAAGGCCAGGAGUUUGCUCUAUCAGUUCCGCCUCCUGCCCCGGAUCCCCUGCAGCCUGCACGACCUGUGUAAGCUGUGCGGGACCGGCAUGUGGGACAGCGGCUACAUGCCCGCCGUGGAGUGCACGGGCCGCCACCCGGGGUCGGAGAGCUGCCCCUGUGGGGGCACAGUGGAGACGCCUUCGCUCAAGCCCCCCGGAGAAUGCAAGAAAGGCCCCAAGACGCCUCGGGAAGGCUUCGGUUUCCGCAGAUAGGCCAGGCCCCUUGCACUGGACGAGGGUUGAGGGGACCUCACCAUGGGUCCCAAGCAUGCGGGAGGGGGUGGGGAUGGGCGUGGAUGGGACAGGGGGUGGUCCAGAUGUAAAGGACACACCUCCGGGCGACAUGAAGGGGACAUUUUCAUAUUAACGACGAAAAAUGGAGUCCGGAAGUGAGAGAACGAAGCCCUGACAGCCACCCAGAGAUAACUCGGCUCUCGAGAAACGGUGGGACUGGAACACACAGCCCCGCCACCUGGAGACGCAGCAGGCUGGCUCCUCGCGGCCCUCUCCUCUCAUCCGUCCCAGCAAGGCUCCGUGCCCCCCAGCCCUGUUUGCAGAAGCAGGGCACUGCCUGGCAGCGGGGACGGCAGGGACAGGAAAAGGGGGGCCCCCUCCGGGCCCAGACCCGUUGUGGCUGGACACACCCCUUGGCCAGGCCUGCUCCCUGUGCUGGCCAGUGCUUCCCCAGCUGCAGCAGCAGCCCUGAUGAGAAGACACCUGCCCCCAAAAAAUGCCCCACUGGUUUCCGGAGAGGGAGGUGUGGUCCCUGGGGGUGUUCGAGAAGAUGGGGGCUUUCACGCUGUCCCUGUAGACAUUGGACACCCUGGUUUGUGAAGGAAGCCACCUGCCCAUGAGCUGAGCCACAACAUGGAAACUCUGGCUUCCUCCCGAGUUGAGGAAUUUCUA